GAUGUUACUCACUCCAGGACUUCCUUCCGGUCCAGAGAGAAAAUCCCAAGUACACUUGGCUUGUGUUUACCUCGUUUUGGUCAUAUUUUACAUUCUUAAACCGAUAUCUUCUUUAGUAUAUUGGGUUUUUAAAUAAGCGUUUUCUUGAAAUCCUGAAGUCAAACCGGUUUCAUAGAUGUGUUAGCAGGACCGUAACCUUGGCGUAGUUGUCUUGUGGCCCCAGAAAUUCAACAUGUUCGGAGUCUGUCGCAGUUUGAACUCUCUGCCAUUAAAGACCCUGAAAGAUGGCGUUUUGUCACCGUGUGGGUGGUUAGUGUCCACGCGCAACAAAUUUACCAAAUCAAGAAUCCCAAAUGAGCUUUUUGUUGAGAGAUCGAAAGAACACGAGAAAUAUGGUGGUGACCCAGAUCAGCCUCAUAAACUUCACAUCGUGACUCGAGUCAAAAGUGCGAUGCGAAGGCCGUAUUGGGAGAAAGACCUCGUGAAAGAGCUUGGGCUUCAGCACGCCCACAAGCCUGUAAUUCACAAAAAUAUACCUGCAGUCAACAACAAGCUGAAGGUUGUCAAGCAUCUUGUGAGGAUACAGCCGCUGAAAACUCCGUAUGGGCUCCCUGCUGAACAGGACAUGGCAGAUACAUACAUUAACAGCAAAGGAGAGCUGGUCGUGCAUCGUCUGCUUCAACCUGUUGAUCACAAAGCUGUUGAGUCUUAGUGAUAUUCAGUUAUAAUCAAAAGUUCUGUUGAUAAAUGUCUCAAAAUUUUGA